AACGAAACGUCAGAUGAUGUCACUUUUGUUGACAUUUGGCUUUCGUUUUCUGGGUUUUCUGCUGCGGGCUGGCUGGCACGGUUGGCACGAAUUUUCUCAUCCCAGCAGUUUACUGGAUUGGACGAGGGAUUUUCUGUGCGAGGUUCGUGAAGGAGGAGUGUGUAGAUUCAGAAAAAAGUUAUUCUUGUGAAAUCAGACGCGCGCAGUGGAUUUACUAACGAAAUUCUCUCCCGCAGGAUAUUCUCAGUUAACCGAAAUCGGAGGAAUAACACCGUAUCCGGAUUUGGACCUUGAGUAUUUCGGACAAGACGGGCUGGUGUAGAAUUUGGUUGUAGUCAACUACAACUUGGAUAAAGCGGAGUGUUCAUCGGAAUAGAGAUUUUUCCCCAUUUUCCUGCCGCGAAGGAAACCAUCUUCGAAUUAUCGAUUUUUCUUUCACCUAAAAAUUUCUUUUUGGGAGGGCCCUGAACUAGUGUAACUGAAAACUUUUAGUUUUACUCGAUAGUCGGAUAAUUUCAGAGGAAAGCUAUCAGGAUGGCUGUUAUGAUGAAAGCAUCCAAGUGUCCGACGGACGAGCUCUCGCUCAAGAAUCGUGCCAUCGUCAACAAGAACGAUUUUCCGGAAGACAUAAAAUACAUUGACGUUAGUACCGCACCCGGAUCCCACUACAUCUUCUCCAUCGAACGAAGCCUUGAAGUUCCAAACUACUGCGUCGGCUUUUCCUUGCUGCAACGCAAGUGGGCAACAUUGUCAAUUAAUCAGGACAUAUCGGUCAAACCGUUCCAUUUCGAUCGCUCUUCAGAGGUAGUCUGUAAUGUGUGCAUUGAGGUGGACUUUUUGCAGAAGAAAACUACUACUUUGGAACCGUACGAUAGUGAUCAGAUGGCUAAGGACUUUGUGCUACAGUUCUCCGGAUUAGCGCUGACCGUUGGCCAGCCGCUGGUUUUCAGCUUCCAGGAUAAGAAAUUGCUUGGUCUGAGCAUCAAAUCAUUGGAAUCCAUCGAUGCUAGUGCCAGUGUCCAAGGAGACAAAAGCAAGGUCGAACCGCGUCGGAUCAACUUUGGUCGCUUGCUGGGAAAUACGUCGGUUACUUUCGAAAAAGCGGAAAAUUCAUCACUCAAUUUGGUUGGCAAAGCCAAAGGAAAAAUCGUUCGUCAGUCGAUCAUCAACCCGGACUGGGACUUUGGCAAGAUGGGUAUCGGUGGUUUGGAUAACGAGUUCAAUGCUAUUUUCCGACGUGCGUUUGCUUCGCGAGUUUUCCCACCGGAGAUUGUUGAGCAGCUCGGAUGCAAGCACGUUAAGGGUAUUUUGUUGUACGGGCCACCUGGUACCGGUAAAACGUUGAUGGCUCGUCAGAUUGGCAACAUGUUGAACGCCCGAGAACCCAAAAUUGUUAACGGUCCCCAGAUUCUGGACAAGUAUGUUGGUGAAUCGGAAGCUAACAUCCGACGUUUGUUUGCCGAAGCUGAGGAAGAAGAGAAGCGGUUGGGUCCGAACAGUGGUCUUCAUAUCAUUAUCUUCGAUGAAAUCGAUGCCAUUUGUAAGGCUCGAGGAAGUGUUGGGGGAAACAGUGGGGUUCACGAUACCGUUGUCAAUCAGCUGCUGGCCAAAAUCGACGGUGUGGAGCAGUUGAAUAACAUUCUAGUCAUCGGUAUGACCAACAGACGGGACAUGAUCGAUGAAGCGCUGCUGCGUCCCGGACGUCUGGAAGUGCAGAUGGAGAUCAGCCUGCCUAAUGAGAGCGGUCGUUUCCAGAUUUUGAACAUCCACACCAGACGUAUGAAGGAGUUCAAGAAAAUCAAUCCCGAUGUUGAUAAUAAGGAAUUAGCUACAUUGACGAAGAACUUCAGCGGUGCUGAACUGGAAGGUUUAGUUCGUGCUGCCCAGUCAACGGCCAUGAAUCGUUUGAUCAAAGCUGCUUCGAAGGUCGAAGUUGAUCCCGAGGCAAUGGAGAAACUCAUGGUUAACCGUGGAGAUUUCCUGCACGCGCUCGAGAACGAUAUUAAGCCGGCCUUCGGUACGGCUCAGGAAGCUCUCGAAAAUUAUCUCAUUCGUGGUAUUGUCAAUUGGGGUCUACCGGUGGCACACAUCCUGGAGGACGGUGCACUGUACACCCAGCAGGCUCGUGCAUCCGAAGGCUCGGGCUUGGUAUCGAUUUUGCUGGAAGGACCGCCCAAUUCCGGCAAAACUGCGCUAGCCGCCAAGCUUGCAAAAAUGUCCGAUUUCCCAUUCGUCAAAGUUUGCUCGCCGGACGAGAUGGUUGGCUUCAGCGAAAAUGCCAAAUGUCUGCAGAUCAGAAAGUACUUCGACGACGCUUAUCGUUCGACACUGAGUUGUAUAUUGGUGGACAAUAUCGAACGUCUGCUCGACUACGGUCCCAUCGGGCCAAGGUAUUCUAACCUGACACUGCAGGCUCUGUUGGUCUUACUGAAGAAACAGCCACCGAGGGGCAAAAAACUGCUGAUCCUCUGCACAACAAGUCGCAGGCAAGUUCUGGAGGACAUGGAGAUGUUGUCGGCUUUCACCGCCGUUCUUCACGUACCCAAUCUAUCCCAGCCGGAGCAUAUUCUUUCGGUGCUCGAACAGGAGCCUGACGUUUUCACUAAACAGGACCUGGCUACCAUCUACAAACGAAUGAAAGGUUACAAAGUAUUCGUUGGAAUUAAAAAGCUGCUCGACUUGAUCGAUCUUUCAAGACAAACGGAUCCUUCUCAGCGGGUGCUGAAAUUCCUCUCUAAACUGGAAGAAGAAGGAGCAUUAGACGCUGGAACUUCCAUCCAUUAACUUAUCACCGGAGGGUAGCUAUGGGAUCUUAGUAUUAUCUCUUUCAACGACGUAUUUUAAGAGCACCGAUAUAAAAGCAUUUGAUGGUCGUCUCCCUGAGAGAAAAAAGAUCGUGAAGGUUACCAUUCAAAGAUGCGAAUGGUCUCCUUAUCGCAACAUAGGCCACUGGUGUGUUAUAUCAUGCUAUCAAUUAUACUAUACAUGAUGUAGCUAAUGUGUUGUUCUAUACAGUACGAAAAGAUUAGGUACAUAUUUACAGUUUUUCUUCUACGCCAUUGAGGCUGACAAAAAAGACAGCGUUAAUCUAUACACACCGCUUUUAAAAAUGAAGUCUAGAGGAGCCAUCAUAAGAUAAUCUCAAAAUAUUAUUCGCUCAUAUUGGCAGAAGAAGUAGUGUGAAGCAUUCGCGCAAGAACUCAAAAUAAGAUAAACUGCACACUGAGGGAUUAACAGCAUAGGUAUGUGAACCGCCAGAGAAAGCUUGUCUAAGUUUCGUUGCCUGUUGCGUCGGCUUCUUUACUUAAAAGCCCAGUUUUUAUCUGACAAACCAUCUAUGUACACUUGCGUUGACUUAGGAUUUCAAUUUCUCAAAAUUGAAAAACGCUCUGAGACGAUUGAUGCAUUUAAGAAAGUCAACGUUGUCGUUGUUAUUGAUGUGAGCCAACACCAAUUUUUUCAGCAUUUUUUCUCUGUCGUCCAUAAUUAUGUAGUGCUUUUUGUACAGGUCUAGUAUUUAGGAACACAACAAGUGUUGAAUGGAAGAAAGCAAAAAGACAAAACACCUCAGUUACCCUUCGUGAUUCGGAUGAACAAUAAUGAAUUAGGAUCAAGUUUAAGCAUGUGUCGAUACGUUCGUUCGUUGUUCUUAAGUAGAUUGUUGGCACCGUGAGAAAAAGCAACUCUUCUAUCGAAUAAUUAUUAAGGUAAAUGCACUUAAACCGGUCGUAGGUCCGGCGACACCACCGGUUAACUUGAUAAGAGCUAAAAAGCAAUAACACUGUUGUUCAAAUACUGCAAAUCUUUUUCGAAAAUUAUAGAAAAAAAGCGUUGAAUCUUCAGACAGAAAACGCGCCAGCUCAAGCUGCACUUAUAGCUGAGAAUUUGUUUGCUAGUAAGUUAAAAAGUGAAUAGUUUGAUACGUCGUUAUUUUGCACAGAGCUCUCGGUCUGUGUUCUGUACAUUCCUUCAUUGUGUUUUGUUAGCCGAAUCGAUAUACACGCAUCAUUUCGUGUAUACGCGCUCUAUGUUGUUAGUUAUGAUAAGUUUAUUCUAAUCUGUUUUAGUAACAAUCAAUAAAUCCAAAACGAAGAAGCUUACAGGAAUGAAAAUGGUUAUAUUUUGAGGUAUCUAAGGAAUUUAGAAACACCGACUCGUAAAACUGUGUGUGCAAAGAAAUAUAUGAAAAACAUAAAACCAAGCUAAAUUAUUAGAGUACUAAAACUAUAAAAACGAUAAAAGCAGUUUGAAAUUCUGUGAGAGAUCAUAUUAUAGCCAUUAUGAAAAUAAAAUAUUGUAAAUUAUUAACCUGUUACAGAGACAA